GUCUAUGCGAGCGGCGCUAGCAGAGCGGGACACGAUCAUAGAAAAACUAAAAAAAAAAUUGACGCACAGCACUGACGCACAGGCACAGCUCGAGAUGGAGAAUGCGACGGAGAAACAGAGGGCUCAUUCCAACGAGAUGGGGGAGACUAACAAGAAGUUCCACGAGGCGAGCGUUGGGGCCGAAAAGAUGGAAGAGGAUAUCGCCGACUUAAAGUCGGAGGUUGUUCGUGCGGAGGAUGCUGAGGACAAGCUCACCCCUCAGCUUGCCUCCCUUGGGAAGACCCACCGACGCAAAGCGGAGAGUCUCAAAGUACUGCCACCGUCACCACCACCAUCGCCAUCAGAUGAUAAGUAAG